AUGGCGGCCUGCAUCACAGGCAACCACAGCACACCAGUCGACCACAGUACCACACUCAACCACAGUACCACACUCAACCACAGUACCACAGUCAACUACAGCAUCACAUUGCAACCAGACAGCACCACAGUCGACCACACCAACUAUAGCAUCACAGUCAACUACAGCACCACAGUCAACUACAGCACCACAGUCAACCCCAGCACCACAGUCAACUACAGCACCACAGUCAACUACAGCAACACAAUCAACUACAGCACCACACCCAACCCCAGCACCACAGUCAACUACAGCACCACAGUCAACUACAGCAUCACAGUCAACUACAGCACCACAGUCAACUACAGCACCACAUUGCAACCAGACAGCACUACAGUCAACUACAGCACCACAGUCAACUACAGCACCACAGUCAACUACAGCACCACACCCAACCACAGCACCACAGUCAACUACAGCACCACAGUCAACUACAGCACCACAGUCAACUACAGCACCACAGUCAACUACAGCACCACAGUCAACUACAGCACUACAGUCAACUACAGCACCACAGUCAACUACAGCACCACAGUCAACUACAGCACCACAGUCAACUACAGCACCACACCCAACCACAGCACCACAGCCAACUACAGCACCACAGUCAACUACAGCACCACAGUCAACUACAGCACCACAGUCAACUACAGCACUACAGUCAACUACAGCACUACAGUCAACUACAGCACCACAGUCAACUACAGCACCACAGUCAGCUACAGCACCACAGUCAACUACAGCACCACAUUGCAACCAGACAGCACUACAGUCAACUACAGCACCACAGUCAACUACAGCACCACAGUCAACUACAGCACCACAGCCAACUACAGCACCACAGUCAACUACAGCACAACAGUCAACUACAGCACCACAGUCAACUACAGCAUCACAGUCAACUACAGCACCACAGUCAACUACAGCAUCACAGUCAACUACAGCACCACAGCCAACUACAGCACCACAGUCAACCACAGUACCACACUCAACCACAGUACCACAGUCAACUACAGCACCACAGUCAACCACAGUACCACACUCAACCACAGUACCACAGUCAACCACAGUACCACAGUCAACCACAAUACCACAGUCAACCACAGUACCACAGUUAACCACAGCCAACCCCAGCACCACAGUCAACCACAGUACCAGUCAACCACAUCACCCCAGUCAACCACCAUUAUAUAUCACUUUAUCUGCAGUAAAUUAAAAACCCAUAUCCAACACAUCAAACCAGACUUUGAUUUAUCCUCCUUUUGA